GUGGAGGGGGGACAGGAAGGAGAAGGAGCGUAUUGCUUUUUCACCACAGCAACACAUUGCCGAGUCUCCCGGAGAUCUUCCCUGCUGCCCAACACUGAGCAGGAAUUUCCUAAACCUCCAAAUUUUGCCUGAUAAAUUCUUUCUUUGGUUACUUGGCAGAGAUAACCGUAAACCACAGGCUCCGCGAUCUAAAACCACUGAAGGCAAGCCAGCUCUGAGCUCCACACUGUUUUCCUUAUGAAGUGAGAUUCAAAAAAUAAAUAACAUCAUUGUGCUUCCCGUAAGAGGAGAUAAUUGAGGGACUCCAAUCAGAGCGUCCUUGUGUGUGCUGGUGUAGCUUUAUCUAAGCGGUAACAUUUUGCCUUUCAUCCCCAUUAACUAGUCCAAACAUUGAUAGAUUCAUUCUAGAGCAAGAUUUUGGCUACUGUGCCGUUGCUGGAUCUAGUCGUCGUCUUCUAACCUGCUCUGCUGAGCGGGCACUUGGAUUAGCUUAUAAUGACAUACGAGACAUUUUAGAAGGACCACGUAUCAGCAAUAAAAUGAGACACUAAUUGCCGGUGAAAUGAUUUUAGCAGGCUGACAUAACAGAGGGGGGAAUACCGGAGUCCCAACGCUUCGCAGGUAAAUGGAGUGCAGCACGGGGUAUUUACCCCACAGCUCCUGCUGCGACCUUUGCGGCUGAAAAGCUAAAGGAGGCAGAAAUAGAAAGACAUCCAUUUUUGAUUUGUCAUUAGCGAUACAAGGAUUGUUUCGACAGUAACGCAAAGGAGGAAAAACACAAAACUUUUAGUUUUACGACUACUACUUUACCGUGGAUUUUCCAGGACUCCGGGUUAUCAUUCCCAAACUCCCCAAAUAAAUGAUAAAGGGUGUUUUUUUGUACGCAAUAAUGCAUGAUUUUAAUGAAACAGAAGCCCAUCGGUGGAUGUACAUCGUGCGUUAUCUGAUGUGCAACAUUUCCAUAUUAGUGGAUCUGUAUUCAUGGAUAUGCAAAGAGCAUUGUGGGAGUUGUGUGAAAACUAACAGCUACGGUGUAAAGAUUCAUCAAUAGAUGUCAUGUACCCAAGGUUUUUGAUGCACAGGUGUGAAUGACCUUUAGAGCGUGCAGCAUUAACGAUCCUGUUGGCUUUGUGGGAGAUGAAUGUACGGUGUGGCGUUUGAUUGGUGGGGAGUCGUAGUGCUACAAUGUAAAUUGAGAAAAAUGCAUCAGAGAGCAGAGACACAUUGACGGUCAGUGUCACAAUGUCUCCAUCUUCGCCAGAGUACCAUCAACUUCUUAUAAGUUGCGGUCAUCUUUCUGUAUGAGCUCCUAAGAUUCUCUGGGUCUUCACUACCAGUUCGUCUAAUGAUUGCCAACCCAAAAGGCCUUUAGGAACUUUAAUGCCAGAUUGCUGUGGUAUCUCGGAUAAACAAAGUCAUGAGGAGGUUUGUAAGCUGUUUGAGUCCACUUACCUGUUCUCUUGCAGUUGAAAUGAAGCCGGUGGGGGGGGGGGACGCAGUCAGGCUGCGCUUCUGUGACUGGAGGUCAUAGCCUGAAGGUCAUAUAAGUGAUGGAAAAAGAAAAGCAGGUGCUGCUGCCCUGCAAAACCAUCCUGGAAACAGAUUUUUUCGACUCUUUGCUUUGGAUGUUGAAGCUGUAAGGAGGAUUUGGAUCCAGUUAGCGUGAGAAACCUCAACUGAUGUUGUGGAACCUAUGAAUGCAGACUCGGGCGGAUAAAACUACAACAUACUGAGCUCAGUAUUUGGUGCAUUGGAUUUGUUUUGUUUCUACUUUUGCCACAAACUUAAGCCCUUUUCUUCAGGAUAAUACACAGGGCAAACUUGUGUACAUUUGGUGAAUGAAGUACAACUAAAAGGACCCUGUCUUCUUCUUCUGUGGUGGUUGAGACAACGCCAUUGAAAGUGGCAUCAGAAUGCCUGAGCUGGAAAACUUUUCCCCCCUGAGAAGUCCGAGAGGCCAUGAGCCGGGCCCUAACGGACCGGCAGACCCGCUACGGAUCCAGCACAGCAUCCUGGAGGAGCAGGUGGAGCUGUGGUGGUUCAGAGAUCCUAGGAAGUCUCUGCUCUGCUACUGCGUGGCCGUGCUCCUGAUCCUGGGCUGCGGGCUGGGCGGGGUCGGCCUUCUCUCCACCACCACCAGCGUGUCAAGCGAAUGGCGGCUGGGCGUGGGCACAGCCCUCUGCCUGCUGGCCCUGGGGGUCCUGCUCAAACAACUGCUCAGCUCGGCUGUGCAGGACAUGAAUUGCGUACGGAGCCGACGGCGGAUCAACAUGCUUAAAAGCGGCGGUUUAUCCGACCUGCUUGUGAUUUUGAUUACGGGGCUGUCACUGUUGAUUUGUGGAGGCGUUCUUCUACACCUGGCACUGGCUAAUCACAUGCCAAAGCCUGGCCAAGCCCUUAAUGACAUGUACAUCUCUGGAGUGGUUUUGCUCGCCGGAGGGGGGUCCGCAGUUGUGGGUGUUGGAAUAUACUCUGUUGUGGUCAUCUUGCUUGAGAGGACGAGGCACGGACGGAGGUUGGUGGACCGGGUUUUGAAUAUCUUCACUGUUUCUGGACACAUGGACCGUCACGCUCGAAGAGAGACUACCUCCAGUCUGGCUAAUCUGAUAUGAGCUGAGGCCGCACCAGGACGGUGUAUUUUGGCGCCUCAUGUUGAAACAUUAAGCCUCAACUAAAUCAUAGCAGUCUUUAUGCAAGAAUAUUACAAGAAGAAUAGUUCAAACAAGACUCGUCCCUUAUAUGCUCUCGCUUUGCCACGAGCUGCCCAGACUCUGCGUGUGAGGCAAAGUGAACUGAUUUUUCUAAUAUCUUCUUGCAGCAAUCAAAUCUCAGUUACAAAGCCAGGAUGAAAGAAUGGAACUGUAAAACGUUGAAGAAAAGUGCAAAUAAUAAUGUACCGAUUUGUAUUUAUUUCACAACACGUGACCAGUUACUAAUUCAGAUGCUGUGCAAUUUAUUAUUCACAUGAAUGGCAUUUUAUUUAAGAUCUGUGAAUGGUAUUUAUUAUUAGGCCAACUAUCCUACCAUUCACAUAACAAUCUGUUGCCCACCAACAAAAAAAACUUUUUAAGAAGUUGUCUCAAUGGUAUUUUAGGAGAUUGAGAAACGGAAAGUAAAUAUCAGCUGAAACAUCUUAAGCUAAAGGAGGAAGUAAUUAGUUGUCAAAUAUUGUAUUCUUAUCAGAUUUUUACAGCUGCCUGAAAUUGAAGGGAAAGGCCGGUGGUCUGAGCGGAGCCCACGGCCAUUUGGUUUGUACAAAGCUUUUCUGUAUAAAAGCUGUUCCUAAUAAAAGUUGACACUACACAGAUAAUGAGACAGAAACCUUGUCAAAGUUGGCAUUAGAGAACGAUGAGCGGGAUCAUCUACUAAUUAGACUGUCACACGUUCAUGAUGUAUAAUACAUAUCCUGUAAGUGUCCUUGGACUGCACACUACUACUUGCUCAGUCAUUGUUAAGAUAAAAUUAACAAGAGCACCAGCUGAAAGGCUCAAAUAUAAACUGCUAAGUGGGUAAACAUAACUAUAUAAAAAAGCAGAUUUUUAGAAUGUAUUUGUUAUUCAUGCCCCGUCCAUGUUCACAUGAAGAUAAGGAAAAUAACAUAAUUUGAUGGAUUGGAGGAUUUAAGCUCCAGGUAAUUCGAAUGACUCAUCCCUGUAAAGUUCUUUCCUCUGCAAAAAUUUUUUUUUUACCAUAAUACACGCGGCCGCAGAAGGUUGCGUUGUUUGUGACAAACGUGGCUGAAACCUCACUAUAAUGCUUUGCUGCCACAGUAGAUGAAUAAAGACAUUACGAUGUUUAAAAGUCACAUUACAGCACAUAAUGUUGCAUAGAUACUUUGUGUUUAUGCAUCAACACAGUAAUGCUCUUUCUUUUUUUCAAAUCUUUCAUCUAUUUUUGAGAGGUAUUACUUUGUGUAAUAUGUAUAAUGCCCAUUCAUCUCGCUGAAGUCGUGGAGAAGCACAAAUUGCUUCAGCUCCUAGAAGUUUUCGAGCCUCUUAGCUCGAUUUUGUACCCUCUGAUGCCUACGAAGGCAUUUAAUGUGGCUUUAAGCAUGCUACCAAGAAUGCACUAUGAAGGAUAGUUGCAAUCUUCAAAUGACAAAAUGUUGUCAUUUUGGGAAAAUGGGACAUUAAAGUCCUUUCACGAAAAUCUGAAAACCCGGCCACAUUUAAAGAAAAUGUAGAAGAAUCAGUCGGCAGCACAAUUCCUUUGACUCUAAAUCAAAUUGGUGUGUAACAUUUAUUUAUUAAAAUCCCUGAAACCCUUCAGUAAAACAAAGGUUGCACAUCAUGUGGACUUUGAUCAACUUCUGUGCACAUCUUUCCAAACAUCACUCAUGCUUGUUUUUAGUUUACACAUGAGGUUGUAGUUAAAUUCUGAACUGUGUUGUCAAUAUGCUUCUUCAUUCUUCACCAAACUAUUGAAUGUAAAGUAUGCUGGCGAUGCUGUAUCGUUAUCAUGCAGUGUAAUUUGUUUCCAGAAGAAUAGAAAAAUUCACAUUCAAA